GAAACUGCAGGGAUAUGGUGCGAUUUGUCUCUAUAUAAACCACUUAAAUCAAAACCCUAGCAGCAUCGACGCAUCCUCCACCUUCAUCAGAAGCCCUAGACAGCCGCAAACUCUUCUCCAGACAGCGUCAAGCCAUUCCGAAUGGAUUCACAGAUCAAGCAUGCCCUUGUGGUGAAAGUCAUGGGUCGCACGGGAUCAAGGGGACAGGUUACCCAGGUGAGAGUAAAAUUUCUUGAUGAUCAAAACCGGUAUAUCAUGAGGAAUGUCAAGGGUCCGGUGAGGGAAGGAGAUGUGCUCACCCUGCUCGAGUCUGAGAGGGAAGCAAGAAGGCUGCGUUGAUCUCCUUGCAUGUGUUCUUCCCGUCUGCAAGAUUUGGAUGGCUUCCUAUGAACUUGCAUCAUUUUUGGGUCCUUGAGGACUUGGUUUUUAUUUGUUGUUGGCUGUUGAGAAAAACCGUUCAUGUGGUUUUGGUUGAGUUUUCUUAAAUGCUCGGGGCUAUAUAUGUUUGAAGCAUCAUUAUAGUUGGAGUAAUAUUGAUGAUUAGUUUUGAUCU